AUGGCUGAAGAAAAUCGCUUCACUCCACAGGCGGAUUUUAAUCUGCUCCAUCAUGCGUUUCGUACUGCUGCCGAUGAAAUCGAGAAACUGCCAAAUUUACCUGCAAUUGCCGGUGGCGAAAGAAUUCUUGCCGAGAUUCAGCAAAUGAGAAAUGAAACUAGAGAACAAUUCGCCCGUCUUGAAGAGAGAAUUACAGCUUCUCAUCAUAGUCUUCUUACCGUACUGAGUACAAGCGACCUCAACAAUGCUGCCCGCGUCCAAAAUACCUAUCUUUCGGGUCCAUCUGAUCAGCUUUCGCCAUUCCUCAACCCAUUGACCGGCGCUUUCAUUCCUACAUUUCCUACUACACCUGUAGAGAUUAGGCGGAUGACGGUGCAUGAUGUGGAUACUACCUUACAACAGCUGGGUCUACAAGCUGGUCCGGCUGGUACGAGUCUAGCGAUGAAGAAGAGACGAUUGAGAGUGCACAUUAGCUUGAGAUCGUAA